AUGCCAGAUAAAAAUAGUUGGAAUAGUUCGGAGAGUCCAGUUGAACAUUUGCAACAGCCCGAUAAAUCGGAGAAUGACAAGAGGGAAUUUAGAGCUAUCAGAUUGCCAAACGGUUUGGAAGCUUUGCUAAUAUCCGAUAAAUAUUUAACAUCUACUUCUCGAAAAAAGAAGGCAGCGUGCAGUUUAUGCGUGAACGUAGGAAAUUUCAGCAAUUUACCACAAUUUCCGAACAUAUCAUAUUUUUUAGCCUUGGGAUAUAGAUUUUUUCAAAUACCUGAAAAAUGUUCAGAGCAACGUAUUACUUUCGAAAAAUUUAUUCAAGAUCAUCAUGGCACUACUGAUUUCUCAAUAGAAAACGAGCAUACAAGAUAUUACUUUGAUAUCGAAGAAAACAACUUGUUUUUAGCUCUCCACAACUUUCGUCUUUUUUUUAUUAAUCCUAUACUGCCAAAACAUAGAUUUAUAGAACAACUAAAUGCCAUAAAAACUGCGUUUCAGAUGGGCACAGUGUUUAAUGGCAAGUCAAAAUACGAACAACUAUUUUUCUCCUUCGCACAAACUGGUCAUCCAGCCAACAUGUUUUCUGUGGACGAUUUCAAAAAAUUCUGGAAUAGUAUAGAUUAUGAGAAAUUGUACAAUGUGCUAGACACAUUUAAAAAGCGCCACUACAGCGCUCACAGAAUGAAGCUAGCAAUACGGUCGGGACUAUCGUUGGAUGCAAUGGAAAAAUUUGUAAAAGCGUCCUUUGCUCGUGUACCAAAUAACAGAAUGCCUCCAGAUAAUUUUUCCAAAUUUAAAAACGAUCUGCCUUUUGAUACUUCCGCUUUCCGAAGAAUGUAUACAAUUCAUGAUAAAACGAAACUUUUGACACAACUACAAAUAACGUGGGCCUUACCUUCGUUCUCUGAUUAUUAUAAAUGUAACUCAUAUCAAUAUAUCCCGUUGAUUAUUGGAUAUAAAGGAAAAGGUUCCUUAAUUAAGUAUCUGCAAAAAAAAACGUGGAGUUCUACAUUAGACAAUAAUAUGUCUGUAAUGUAUUGUAAGAUUCAACCAAAUUCUUUGUACACCUUAUUACGGCUCACCAUGACACUUACUUUUGAAGGACGAAAACAUUUAGAAAAUGUUUUAGAUGCAAUAUUUUCUUUUAUCAAUUUACUAAAGACAGUAGAUCAGCAGAAAGAAAUUUACAAUGACAUUAUUAAGAUUAAACAAAAUAUUUUUAGAUAUGCUGAUUACGACGAAAUAGGUAUCUUUGAGGUAAAACAAUUGUCCAUGAAUAUGCAUUUUUAUCCGCCGAAGGCUUAUAUAACUAUAAACCAGUUUGAUUCGAAUUAUAAUGCACAAGUUAUACAAAAAUGUUUGAAUUAUUUGGCACCUGAGAUGGCAAAUAUUAUGAUUUUUUCUAAUUUUAGUAGUUCCGAAUUAAACAAAGUUGAACCGUGGUGGCAAACGGCAUAUACAGAUAUUGAGAUACCAAAAGAGUGGAUUGAACGUUGGAAAAUCAUCGAGCCAUUACCAGAAUUUCAUUUACCAUUACCAAAUAUAUUCCUUGCCAACAAUUCUUAUCUACUAAAAACACCAAACGAAACAAUUGAAAAAUAUCCUGUGAAAUUAUACAGUAAUUCUAUGUCAGAGCUUUGGUAUCGCCCGGAUUUUAAGCGUUGUUUGCCGAAAUGUUAUAUGCAUUUCUAUUUUAUUUCCCCUCUAAAACUUCAGUCGUCGAAGAAUGAAGCUCUCAUGGAUAUGUACUGCAUAUUACUGGAACAGUUAUUAGCCGAUGAAUUAUAUCCAGCUCUACAGGUUGGUUUUAAAUAUAAUAUCAGUGUCAAUACAAAUGGUUUUACACUAAAAAUAAGUGGUCUUAAUGAAACUUUGCCAGAUAUCACUUUGGAAAACUUUCAAGACUUUGUGAAAUCCUUUACCGAACGUCUAUACAUUCAAUGUCUCGUGCAAGGAAACAUGACGUCAACUGUUGCAAUCAAGACCUUACAGCAAUAUAUUAAAACAAUUAAUUGUAGACCUUUACACUCAGAUACCAUACAGCUUAGAAGCACUCAGAUACCCUUAGGCACAAGCUAUUAUAAAAUUAAAAAUAUCAACAAAGUAGAUACAAUUUCCAUGGUAUCAAAUUAUUAUCAAACCGGCAUCAACACGAUUGAAUUAUCGACAUUAAUUCAUCUGAUAAUUUAUAUAAUGAAAUUUAAAUUAUGCGAGGUUCUACCCACUGAAAAAUUUGGAUCUACUACAGUCGACGUUACAGACGUUAACGGAAUUCUAGGAUAUUUCAUUACUAUUCGUGUUCGGGCAGAUAGAUACACAACCGAGUACAUUGAUAAGAGGAUCGACCAAUUUUUGAGAUGGUUUAAAAACGUUUUGGAAAUGUUUACAGAAAAGGAAUUGGAUGUUUACAAAGAAAUGUUCCUAAAAUCUAAAUCACAUGAUCUAAAUCACAAGGCCAAUCUUGAAGACGAAGUUGAAAGAAACUGGGAGGUGAUUGUUAAAUGUACUUACAUAUUUGAUUUUCAUGAACAGGAAAUACUUGCUCUAAAGAAAAUAAAUGUUAAUAAGCUGAAGGAAUGGUCUGCAGACCACAUAUCGGACGAAAGUAAUUUUAGAAAAUUGAGUUUACAUAUUGUAAAAUCUCAGAAAGAAGCGGAAUAUGUUCAUUUGGAACAUAUAAAUGACGAUUAUCAGCAAUACAAGCCAAAUCAUUACAUUAAAAAUCAUUAUAUUACGAAUGUAGAAGAUUAUAAGAAAAAACUUGUCAUAUUUCCAACUAAACGUUCGAACAAAUCCUUUUAG